GAGGAAGAACCACCGAUCAAGUGAGUGUAUCAGUGUUCAUUGCAGUUUUUCCCAUUUCCACUCUUGUGGUUUAAAGAUGAGAACUUGGAACAAAAGUGAUACAAACAUGGAGGUUUUCUUUUUAUGGUAUUUUUUUAGUGAGGGGUAUUAAUUAGCGGUGUUAAUGUUAGGGUGAGGUUUAUGAGUGCUGCUGCUGUUCCUGUUGUGCUGUUAUUGCUUUUUACUGUGAUUUCCUUUUGUGGUAGAGUCAGAUUGCAACAUCCUUUUUCUGAAAGCUUUCACAAUGUGAGGCUGGACUUUUGGCUUAGCCCAUGAAAAAAGAUGCUUUUUUUGGGGGGUUUCCCGUUUCUUCAUCUCUCUUACUCUCUACACUUUUGUGGGUUUAUCAUUUUCUUGGGAAAGUGGGAUUGUUGAAAACUUGAGAUAGAUGCCUCUGUUUUUUUCUUAAUGAAAUUGCUCAUGCAAAAAACAUGAAAAAGAAGAAAAAACUUGUGCUUUUUUAGGGGAAAUGGGGACCGAAGCUUUUUAAUGUACUAGCUAAGUCCCAAGAAAAGAGACCCCUCCUAUAUAACCUAAUGAAUUGACAUUGGCUCCACAAGGGCUUAGACUUCAGCACCAAAGCCAGCAUGUAUAAUGUUUAACAGUUACAUUGAAAAUUCAGAAUAACAUUUUUUGCUCUUCAUUUUCCUCAGAUUUUUUGAGCUAAGGGAGAAAAAAAAAUUCUUUUUAUGGGGUUUAUAUCGAUUGGUUUAUGAUACUUAUGAUUGGAUAAAGCUUAGCUGCGGUAACAUAUGUUUACAUAUGUUUUUGGGGAUUAAAAGUGGAGCUUCUUGCAUUUAUGAGUUGGAGGCAAGGUUGUUGGCCUUAAUUUUGUGUUAACUAAAACAAGGGCCUAAACUGUGAUGUGUUGGCCAGAGUGUUGGAUGUUCUGAUAAGUCAAGAAGUCAUGAUUUGUUGGGUUGUUGCUGUUGUGGGGUCUCAUUCAAUGACCGACUCCUGACAUUGCUGUGAUAAAUGUGAAUUAUUGGAAUCUGAAGGUUUCCCAUGUUGAAAGGGAAGUUUUGGUGGUAAGUACACACUUGUAGGAAGAGUUAAAGAGUUAAACAUAUCACAUCACUAGGGCAAUCCAUUGCCUUGCAUAUCACAUAAAUAGGGAUUGUUACCGUUUUUUGCUAUUGCCAUGAAUGAAUAAAUCAUGAAAUACCCUUCAUAAUGUUUACAAUGGAGGUUGAUUUCUGGAGGUAAAAAUAAUGCAGUGCCACAAAUUGACUGCUGGGAAGUUAGUAUACACUUUAAAUUUAAAAGGGAAAUACAUAAAUGACUCACCUUUAUUAUUUUUUUUUUAAUUUUUGACGGUGGGGACUGGUUGAUAUCAGCCUGAGAAGUCUUACAACACUAAAAUACAGCCACUCAUCUGUCUGUAAAGUUAUGGACGGGAUUUGCAGAACACUGUGGAGUCCACGGAUUUGUUUGAUUUGUGUAAUUAGGUUCUUUCUUUUGGUUAUUUUGAAUAAGAUAAUUCCCUUAGGAGCAUCUCAGGUUACGAAUUCGCCUUUGGUAAAAUGUAUGGUUAAACUAAUUUACACUGGCAAUGUUAUACUUACUUACCAUUACCACUUGCUAUUUGCUAAGUACCUUUUUAUUGCUGCCAAGAUAUUUUCUAUUCUUGUUUAAAUCUAUGGUUUGCUUCUGCAUCUGGUCUUGCUGGAAAUCCAUCUGACAUAGGGCUAGAACAAGUGAUUUUAAUUUUAAUGUUGUCUUUGAAAGAUUGAUUGCCAUGUUUACCCUUAAGAAUUAGCUGUUCUUAGGUUCUAUAAUUAUUGGUCGCUUCACAAUUUUUGUAUUAUUAAUAAGUGUUUGUUGAUCAUGCGUCCACCACAUUUAUUCAGUUUGCAGAUCACAGUGAGCAUUUGCAUAUGAAUUUCUAAGGACUUGUGAUGGAGUGGAAUGCAAAAUCUCUCGGACAAUGGGACUGGGAGCACUUAUUCUUCUUCAAUACAAAAGCAACAGAAAAUCCGAGGUUACCAACAACUGAUUGUAGCAACGAAGCAGAUCGAGAAAUCAAUGUUGGGGUGUUUUAUCCAUCAGGUGGGAGUGCAUGUUCUGGGUCUGAACUAGUACAUGCUUCUUCACCAAGGAGCUCAAAAUCAGCUUCCAAUAAUUCACUGUCAAAUGAGGAUAGCAAGGCAUCGGUGUUGACUCUGGAAGGUUCUCAGGAUGAUUCCACUGGGAAGAAAGAACUGUGCCCAGUUGAAACUUCUCAAUCAGCAGUUCCUUCUCCAGUCUCUGGUGAACCUUUGCUCACUCUGAAGCUUGGCAAACGGUUGUACUUUGAGGAUGUAUGCGCAGGAAGUGAUUCCAAGAAAGCAUCUUCCUUUGAGGUUCCAAUUUCUUCAGGAAAGAAAUAUAAAACCAGUAAUCAGAAUUUGCAGCAUCCAAGCUGCCAGGUGGAAGGCUGUGGCCUUGACCUUUCAUCUGCUAAAGAUUACCAUCGCAAACACAGAGUGUGUGAAGGUCAUUCCAAAUCCCCUAAGGUGCUUGUAGCUGGUUUGGAGCGCCGAUUUUGCCAGCAAUGUAGCAGGUUCCAUGCUCUGUCAGAGUUUGAUGACAAAAAAAGAAGCUGCAGAAAACGUCUCUCAGAUCAUAAUGCAAGGCGUCGCAAACCACAGCCUGACUCAGUCCAAUUAAAUCCAUCAGCGUUGUCUUCGUCGCCUUAUGAUGGGAGGCAAAUGAUGAGUCCGUUUGCAUUUUCAAGAAGUGCUACAAACAUGGGCUGGCAGAAUUUGCAUAGCAACAAGCUCCCCCAGACAAAAGAUUUUCUUCCGAAGCCUGCAAAAGCCUUUGAUAAGAUACCCAGUAUUGUAUCCAUGUUUUCUGAUGAUAACAGUGGUCUUCUAACAUCCAGAAGUAUAGCAGCGAAGACUAUUGUUCCAGGUUUAGAAGAUCCGAAUUCCAUUAGUUCGUGUGAUCCAAAUGGUGCACAAGAUGUUAACCGUGCUCUCUCUCUUCUGUCAAGCAAUUCAUGGGGUCCAUAUGAGACUAAGUUCCUAUCACUGGAACGCUCCUCUAGAACACAAUCGAUGACGCACCAGCAGCAGCGCUUACCACUUGCUUCCUCUUCGGAAUAUUGGCACACUGAUCAUCAACAACAACAACCUUCCCCUUCCACCAUGAGCAUGUGCAUCUCAUUCUCAGACUGUGAUACCAACAAUCGCUUUCAAGACUUUCAGCUGUUGAGUGCACCCUAUGACUCGCCUUUUCCAUGCAACCAUCUGGAUUGAUCAACAACAACACUAUUAAUGCAAUGCUCAUUCGUCUGGAUUGCUAUGCUGUGCUGUCUUUCCUUAAUUUGCUUCCUUUUUUAAAUGGAGAUUAAUUGAACCAACUCAUUGUUCCAUUUUCUGAAUUUUGUCCAAAACUCUCGAGACAUUUAAUAUUGUACCAGACUGCGCUCGUUUAUUUUGAAGUAUCGUUGCAUUGCAUGCCCAUUA